UUGACAACCGCAGCAGCUCUUUUCCAUCCGAGUGUUUGUUCGGUUCGGACGCCAUUUGUGAGUAGAAAUGGGUAAACCACGUGGAAUUCGUACGGCUCGUAAGCACAUCCGUCACCGGCGGGACCAGCGCUGGGCCGAUAAGGACUACAAGAAGGCCCAUUUGGGAACCCGCUGGAAGUCGAACCCCUUCGCUGGGGCGUCCCACGCCAAGGGAAUCGUUCUGGAGAAGGUCGGUGUCGAAGCUAAGCAGCCCAACUCUGCUAUCCGUAAGUGUGUCCGAGUGCAGCUCAUCAAGAACGGCAAGAAGAUUACCGCAUUCGUACCCCGGGACGGUUGCCUGAACUACAUCGAGGAGAACGACGAAGUACUGGUCGCUGGUUUCGGCCGUAAGGGUCAUGCCGUCGGUGACAUCCCCGGUGUCCGGUUCAAGGUGGUGAAGGUGGCCAACGUUUCGCUGCUGGCUUUGUACAAGGAGAAGAAGGAGCGACCCCGUUCGUAAAAGGAUUCUUACGAUAAGAGUUUCAAAACUUAGAAAUUAUAAGCUGUAUAUGUGAGGAGUGAAGGGAAACCGGAAUACACAAGCUUUCGCGAGGAAAGGUUAUCGAGUCCGUA